UAGUUUUUAAUGCCUUAAUUACAAUAAUUUUCGUUGGCACAAUUUCGAAACUACCCCCAUUAGAGCACAAUCGGCAAGGCAUAUUCCUUGGUGAUAUUUUCGUCUAUCCAGUGAGGUUAGUCAAUACUCAUCAUCAUUAUAUAUUUAUAUCAUACGUUAUGCGUUUUUGACAUCUUCAACGAAACCCUAAACCCAGCACACCUCUAAGUUGAAGUGGCAUAGCUCCUGUUUCUUCCACCUAGUCUACGGCGGUUGUUCAUUACAGGUAUUCGAGGUGGUAGAACUGUGUUCAAGUUUCUACCCUGAAGCAAUGGCUCUGGUUCUGCAUACAUUCGAUAACAACAAGAAUGCAUUCAAAUCACUCAUUGCUGCCGAGUACAGUGGUGUGAAAGUGGAACUUGCAAAGAACUUUGAAAUGGGUGUGUCAAACAAGACCCCUGAGUUUCUCAAGAUGAAUCCACUCGGAAAGGUUCCUGUGCUUGAAACUCCUGAAGGGGCUGUAUUUGAGAGCAAUGCCAUUGCACGUUAUGUUGCUAAGCUGAAGUCUGACAACUCACUUUUUGGAUCUUCACUGAUUGAAUAUGCCCGUAUUGAGCAAUGGAUGGACUUCUCAGUUACAGAGGUUGAUGUUAAUAUUGCAAGAUGGUUGUACCCAAGACUUGGGUUUGUAACAUAUGUGCCUCAGGCUGAGGAAAUCGCGAUCUCUGCUCUGAAGAGAGCGCUCGAUGCUUUAAACACUCAUCUUGCCUCAAACACCUAUCUUGUUGGUCAUUCUGUAACCCUUGCUGACAUAGUUAUGACCUGCAACCUUAGCUAUGGUUUUAAGUACAUCCUGACAAAGUCUUUUACCAAGGACUUCCCACAUGUGGAGAGAUAUGUAUGGACUUUGGUUAAUCAGCCAAAAUUUGCCAAAAUUUUGGGUGAGGUUAAACAAGCUGAAACAGUUCCACCUGUAGCAUCCAAGAAACCUGCACAGCCAAAGGAGUCUGCAAAACCGAAAAAGGAGGAACCGAAGAAGGAAGAUGUGAAGCCUAAGGAAGAGGUGCAGGAAGAUGAAGCACCCAAACCAAAGCCAAAAAAUCCUCUUGAUCUCUUGCCUCCUAGCAAGAUGAUUCUCGAUGAUUGGAAGAGGCUAUACUCUAACACUAAGACCAACUUCCGUGAAGUUGCCGUUAACGGUUUCUGGGAUAUGUACGAUCCCGAGGGUUAUUCUCUCUGGUUCUGUGACUACAAGUACAACGAGGAGAAUAAUGUGUCCUUUGUGACCAUGAACAAGGUGGGUGGGUUCUUGCAGAGAAUGGAUCUGGCACGCAAGUACGCCUUUGGGAAGAUGUUGGUGAUUGGCUCACAGCCCCCUUUCAAGGUGAAGGGGUUGUGGCUCUUCCGUGGGAAAGAAGUUCCUAAGUUUAUUAUGGAUGAAGUUUACGACAUGGAGCUGUAUGAGUGGAAGGAAGUGGAUAUCAACGAUGAAGCUCAAAAGGAGCGUGUCAGCCAGAUGAUCGAGGAUCACGAGCCUUUUGAAGGUGAGGCUCUUUUAGAUGCCAAAUGCUUCAAGUAAUAUAUAUAUCAUGCCUGGUCACAGUCACUUUGGUGUUUGUAGCCUACAUUUUGCAAGUUUUGAGUUGACCCCAUUUCUUCUGAACAAUGCUUUGUUUUUUUGUUUUGUUUUAAACUCCGAGUGUGUUUGGUGGAGUGCGGUACUGAAUAUUUUUGGUAAAGUGCGAAUGUUAUCAUUGUUCCUUUGCUGGGACAGUCAUUGGUAUUAUACUAUUAUUGUUAUUGUUUUUGUUUAUCUAUUGGUAAUUUAUUUUCUAGCAAUGAAGUUCGUCGGGGUUUGUUCGUUUGAAAUGUGUACUUUUUUUUUCUUUCAAAUCUUUAACAUUCAUCACACCUUCUUUCGAUGUCAGCGACUACAUUUUACCAAAACAGUUUGUCCAAUAAUAU